CUAAUAACUCAAAAAGCGUUUUUUUUACCGUUUAAUUGAAACAUUGGUAUUCAAGCCCCGUAAGUGUUUUUUAUUUCUGAACUCGGAGACAUAAACAACUUUUAUUUAAUAAUUGCGCAAAGCAAAUAAAUGUCAUAAUCCAAGGCUCCAAGGAUAAAAGAAUCUUGGCCCCACACGAUGAUUGUAAAAAUGCUAGUUUUACAAAAAAUCGCAUAUUAAAUACCACUUUCGUGGCAUUUGAACACAAAACGUGGAAUUUUGCCCCUGAAAAUCAUAAUUUUGCGUUCAUUAAUAAAAAAAUUAAAGUAGGUCCGUUCAAUGAGUUUGAUUUACCUACUGUCAUAAGUUUGACACGUCAUUGUGAGGUUAUAGGAGUGUUUGUUUAUUUUGUUAAAAUUCUCUUUGAUAAUGUUCAAAAAGCUCAAGGAGAAGAUAACUGAAGAGGUGAAAAGUUCCCCUCAAAGGUUCCAGCAGUUGACACAGUCUGUGAGCGACAGGUUGCAAAAUUCGUCAACUUCCGAUGAAAAUUUCUUCUCGAUAGGAGACGACGAUGCCACACCGUCAAAUUCAAGUUUUGAAUCAGGUUUUACCAAUGUGUCUUUAGUGUCACCUCAGGAAAAUAAAAUGCGACGUAACUCGAACUCUUCAAUCGCUAGCGACGUGUCUUUUUUACCUCGUUACGAGUCCGUGGCCAAUAUGUAUCAUUUACAGUCCGAUUUGGACAUUUCGGCUAGUGAAAUUGAAGAUAAUGCUUCGAAUUCCUCCCAAUUGGGGCAUUUGAGUAAAGAGCAAAUUUAUUCAGCGUUUCAGAAGGCCCAAAUGCGGUACCACAAAUACAGGGGGCGCUACACCGACCUAGCCAAACACUAUAAAGACCUAGAGCGGGAAAAUUCAAAAAUGAAGUCAGUAUUAGUCGAGACUCAGGACAAGGCAAUAAGGCGAGUAACUGAACUGAAAGAGCAAUGUGCUCUAGAACAGAAAGCCAAAGCACACUUAGAAAGUGCGUUGAGGGACGAAAUCGAUGAAAAACAACUCAAAAUUGAGUCAUUACAAACCAAAAUCGAACUCCUCCAAAAUGGCCCAAAUCACGCCCCAGAAACGGAAAAUUCACUCGAAAUUGAGAAUUUGAACCAACGAAUUCAAGAAAUGAAAGCCAAUUCGAUUAUUUUCCAAACCAAGGAGCAGGAAUACAAGACGAAAAUCGCAAAUUUAGAAAAAGAAAUCGCCCUUUUUGCUGAGCGCGAAAAGGAGAAUAAUUUGAGUCUAGCUCAGAAUAAAAUGGAAUUGCAUAAUGAAUUGCUAAGUAAAGACGCAGAAAUCAGCAAUUUGAAGAAAACUCUAGAAACCCUCACAGGCGGAAAUGGAAAAUUCGACAAUCUUCAAACCCAAAAUACGAAAUUAAUUGAAAAAGUUGAAGCCCUAACUCAAAAAUGUAACAACUACGAGACUGAAUUAUUGAAAAUGGAACAGCUCAGACUUGAAAAUCAGGAAAACACAAAACUGAAGAAAGAAUUAGAAGAAACUCGGGAGAAAUUGGAGGGGGUGAGAGAAGACGCCAAGAGGAGUCUUUUGAGUCUCGAGACGAAAAUCCAUCAAAAGCUUGUUAAAGAAUUUGAGGAAAAGGAAGAAAUGUUGAGGAGUGAAUUUAAAAAGAAAUUUGAGGAGGUUUCUUCUAGUUCAAGCACUUUAAAUCAACUUCAGUUGAAUCUUCUUGAAAAAGAGGAAGAAAUUAGAAAGUUGAGACAAGUCAAUGAUGGUAUUUUAGAACAAUUGACAUCAAAAACAUCGAAAUAUGACGAUUUGGAGCGAAAUCAUCUUGAAUUGAUUGAAGAAAGUGCCACUUUGAGGAGUCAAAUAGGAAAUUUGGAGAAGGAGUUGGCAACCCUGCAAAAUACAAAUCAAGCAACAAAUUUAAAAAUGGGUCAUUUGGAGUCAAAUGCGAGAGCUUUGGAAGCGGAAAGGGAUGAUUUGUUACAAGAAAAGAAAAAUUUCAUGGGGAAUUUGGAGGAAGAAAGGAGGAUUAAUGAAAGGCUAAAUUUGGAGGUGGAGCAAUUGAGGAGUGAUUUGGACGAAGAAAAGAGAAGCAACGGAGAGAAAAACGCAGAAAUAACAAGGAAAUUCAAAGAAGAAAAGAGAAAAAAUGAAGAAUUGGAGAAAAAGAAGAAUGAAUUUGAAAAGAAUUUGGAGGAAGAAAGGAAGAUUAAUGAAAGACUAAAUUUGGAGGUGGAGCAAUUGAGGAGUGAUCUUGCGGAAGAAACGAAAAGCAAAGAAGAGAAGAAGGUUUCAGACAACGAUAUAGCGAAGAAAUUGAAAGAAGAAAAGACUAGAAAUGAAGAAACGGCGAAGAAAGUGCAAACGUUACUCAAGUCUUUGGAAGAAGAGAGAAAUAAGAUUCUAGAAUUGGAGGAAAAGAAGAAUUAUCUAGAACGGAAUUUAGAGGAAGAAAGGAGAAGCAAGAAAGGGAAGGAAGAAGAACUGGAAGAGAAAAAGGUUUUCGACGAAGAAAUGGCGAAAAAAUUGAAAGAAGAAGAGACGAGGAAUGAAGAAAUGGCAAAGAAAGUACAAACGUUGCUCGAGUCUUUGGAAGAAGAGAAAAGGAAAAAUCUGGAUUUGGAGGAAAAGAAGAAUGAUCUAGAACGGAAUUUAGAGGAAGAAAGGAGAAGCAAGAAAGGGAAGGAAGAAGAACUGAACGAGAAAAAGAUUUUCGACGAAGAAAUGGCGAAAAAAUUGAAAGAAGAAGAGACGAGAAAUGAAGAAACGGCAAAGAAAGUACAAACGUUGCUCGAGUCUUUGGAAGAAGAGAAAAGGAAGAAUCUGGAUUUGGAGGGAAAGAAGAAUGAUCUGGAACAGAAUUUGGAGGAAGAAAGAAGAAGUACCCAGAGAUUAAAUUCGGACUUAGAGAACUUGAAACGUCACAUUGAAGAAAAGAAGAAAGAUUUAGAAUCGACUUUAGAUGAAGAAAAAGCAAAGUUGCUCCAAAAACUUGAAGAAAGUUCGCGAACUAUGAAGCAUUUGGAAGAAACCGGUUUGGCUCUUACUGAAGAGCUCAACGAAUUGAAGACGAAAAAUGAAGAACUUGCAAAUGUGACCGAAGAAAGAAAUACUUUGUGGAAGAAACUUAGCGAUAGUGAAGAAACUAAUUCGUUACAAACGUUAAAAAUUCAGAAUUUGGAGGAAGAAUUGAGGAAUUUGUUUGCGAAUUUAGAAGACGAGCGAAAGAAGAGUAUUAGAUCGGGUGAAGAACGCGAAUCCGUCCUGAGGCAGCAACUGGAGGAAAAAGAAGAAAGUUUGCUGAAGCUCAAGGUGCUUCUUGAAGAUAAGGAAAAUGAUUACAUUAGACAAUUAGAAAAAAAACAGUCGCAGCUAAAGAAAAUUGAAGAUCAAACUAAUACACAAUUAAGUGAAGAAAGGACGAAAGUGGAGGAAGAAAGAGCUCAUUUGUUGGAGGAGGUUUCACUAUUGAAGAAACUUCUCGAAGAAGCGAAUAAUAACUUGACGAUAAAGGAAGACGAAUUGAAGAGAGUUGAAGAAAGUUCGAGUGAAAAAAUCGACAAAAUGGCGAAAGAAAUCGCGAAUUAUGUUAAAGUCGAAAAAGAAUUGUUGUCAAAAAUAGAGAUUUACGAAAACGAUUUGAAGAUUAAAAACGAACAAGUUGAAACACUAUCAAAGAAAAUUGAGGAAUAUAACGACCUAAUUGAAGAACGGAAUGAAGAUAUCUUCAAAAUUUUGACCAACUUUUCCGAGCCUUUUAAUAAUAUUCGGCAUAACAAAGACAAUAAACACUUCAAUAAUUUAGAACAAAAAUUGCAAAAUUUUGAAAAAACAUUUUCCCUUGAGAGAGAAAAUCUCGCGAAAAUAUUGAUUUAUUUGAAGCAAUUUGAAGAGAAGCAUUCCACGAUUUCCGGCGAGAAAAUGGCUUUAGAGGAAGAAAAGGAAGAAUUGUUGAGGCAAAUAAACGAAUUGAGGAGGCAAAUCGUUGAAGUAAACUCCGCCCAAAGUUGUGUGAAGCAAUUUGAGGAAGAAAUUCUUCGAUUGAGGGAAGAAAAUGUCCGAUUGAUGGAAGAACAGGAGAAACUUAAACAAAACGUAAUCGAACUCGAGUCAAGAAACAGUCAAGUGGUCUCUGAUAGUAAUUUUCUGUCGGAAGAAAAUCAAGGCUUGCUUUCUGAAAUCGAAGAAUUGAAAUUGAAGAAUGAAGAAUACGAAACAAAGUACAAAAAUUUAGAAUUAAAAAUUCUGAAACUCGAAAACGAGUUGGCUGAGAGUAAUCACAGUCAGUUGGCAGAACUGGAAAGACAUUUGAACGAGUUACAACACGAAAAACAAUUGCUAUUGGAGGAAAUUGAGGAAUUGAAAACGACGCCCAUUAACCUGAAUAACAAAUCAGAUAAAGAGGAAGAUUACCUCAAAGAAAUUGAAAAUUUGAGGACGAAAAUCGUUCAAUACAAAUCAGUAGAUUUAACAAAUCGAAGCUCGAUUGAGUUUUACGAGAAUGAAUUACAAAAAUUAAAAAAUCAAAACGAAAAAUUAAACCGGAAAUUAGACGAGACUCUAGUCACUUUAAAUCAUUGUUCGGAACUGUCGAAUUCGACCGAAAUCGAGUAUUUGAAAAACGUUUUGUAUAAUUAUAUGUUGGGCAAAGAAAGUAUGGUCUUGGCGAGGGUUAUAGCAGCCGUUUGUAAGUUCGAUCCGCAACAAACCGAAUUAAUUCUUGCAAAGGAACAACAAAAACAAACUUUGUUGGGCCAGCUGGGGAUUCUCUAACAGUAGGGCAACGUUUUUAACUUAGGUGCAUUCCGUUUACUCAUUACGUACGAACUAUUCAGUGAUUUUGUCAGUACUAACGCACUUUUUAUCGGUUGUGUAAAUAUUUCGUUGUAUCUUAUAAUAUUUAUGUAAAUUGUUAAAUAAACUAAACUUUCGUAAUAAAAUUUUGAUAACC